ACCCUUUGUCCCUGUGCCUUGAAAUGUUGUUCCAAAAACGUUAAGCUUCCGUCUCCACACUGCGUGCCUCUUUACAGCCGCUCUUUUCGUUUCUAAGGAAAAAAAAGAAAAAAAAAGAAAAGAAAUUCAGAGCUGUGGGUGAGAAUUCGCAUGGGAACUCCGGAGGCUACGCGAGAACCCUGUCCCGAUCGUAUUCUUGACGACAUCGGCGGUGCUUUUGCUAUGGGGGCCGUCGGCAGCUCCGCUUUUUACUUUCUCAAAGGUCUCCGCAACUCCCCCAGUGGUGCUCGGUUCCCUGGCGCCUGCCAAGCCGUCAGGAUGAACUCCCCUCGUGUCGGCGGCGGCUUCGCCGUCUGGGGCGGCUUGUUCUCCACUUUCGAUUGCGGCUUGGUUUACCUCCGCCAAAAGGAGGAUCCUUGGAACUCCAUCAUGGCCGGCGCCGCCACCGGCGGCUUGCUCCAGAUGCGUCAGGGUCUCCCCUCAGCGGCUCGUUCGGCUGCUGUUGGUGGUGUACUGUUGGCUUUGAUCGAAGGUGCUGGAAUCAUGAUCAACAAGUUCGCUGAACAAAAUCAACGGGUUAUUCUUGAAGAGCCGCCGCCCAAUCUGCCCGCCUUGCCUGGGUAUCCGAGCCAGCUGCCGGGGCAGCCAGGUCCUGAAGUGGCGUUGUCAACUGGGUCUUCUUCCGAUUCGGGUUCCGAUUCGUGGGUUGGUGGGUGGUUCGGUGGUGGAAAGAAGAAAGAGUCUCAAGUACCGUCGAGUAGUGGAAGCGAAACCAAGGUUUUGGAGAGUUACGAUGCACCCCCUGUGCCAAGUUUUGAGUAUAAGUGAUUUUUGGGUGAAAAAAAUGUGAUUUUGAUUAAAAAAAAAAAUCAAUUUAAAAUCAGUUCGUUGUUAGAAGAGAUUGGACUCAAUCUGGAGAAAGAAUGCUGGAUGCUUUGUUGGUUUAGCCUGCAGUACUUUUGGCGCUAUUUCUCUUACCAAUGGUAGAACUCACUUGAACUAUAAUGUUAAGAAUCUCACUUGCAUUGAUUCCGUAGUUAUGUUUCAGAAUGAAGGAUUUCAUAGACCAGUAAUUUCUGUAAUUUGUAUAUCAAAAGACUGAUUUAGAUCUUGUUUUAUGAAUUUGUAAAUGGUAAUAUUGCAGUUUUACUUGGCGCAAGCUUUGUAGAGGUGCUUUGUUUCUUUGGUGGAUCAUGCUUGGCCAUUGCUGCACCAUUGAGAAUAUGGAUAUUUUUCUUUUCCAUCAUUAGCAUGACCAUUACUCUAUUCAAUUGAUCUAGGUGAGCGAAACCCUUCAAAGUUCUAGCAGUAAGAUUGGCUCAAUGUUAAGUAAGAAUGAGCCAUGAGCAUGAAUUCAUGAUAUGUUAUAUGGAGUGUAAAUGCAUUGCCCGUUUUAAUUCCUUUACCUCCAUAGCUUUGUCUGCAAUUUCUAUUUAUGCUUUUAACAUUAUUUCGUAUAUUUAUAUGAUUAUGCAUGGAUUUUGAUUUA